UCAGUUUUGAUUUUCAUAUAAAUACUUCAGCAAUUGUUCCGAAAAAUUUACUGGAAGAAAUCACUCUUAGAAUUGAAGUAACAGUACCACCUAACGAUGGAAAUGAAGGCUCAGGUUAUGAUACUACUAGUCGUCUGCAUUGCUGCUGUGGCCUCUGAGAGAUACUGUCCUGAAGUCAAGGGUGAAUGUUCUCUGUCUUAUAGAAUGAACGACUGUUGCUCCCAAGACGAUUGUCCAUCAUAUGCAAUGUGCUGCAAAGGUCGUUGCGGCUAUGUGUGCAAAAAUCCUUCGGAUUCCCCAACAAAAGGAGAAGCUAUUAAACCUGGAGAUAAAUGCAAGAUUGGAAAUGUAUAUCCCAAAACUGGAUUCGAGUGGCUAUUUGGAGAAAAAUCUAAAUAAGAUAUUGGAUGUAAAAUAUCACCCUACACAAAACAUUUUGCUAAUGUAGUUACAGUUUAUACAAAAAUAUCUUUCUGUGGUUGUAAUGAAAAAUUAAAGGAAAUGAUAUAAAAUUUAUAAUGUUUAGUGUA